AUGACCGCGAUUCCCCUCGACAUCUACUUCCUCAUUCUGUCCAAACUCUCUGCCACGUCCCUCGUCGCCUUCGCCCAGACCAACCGGUUCUUCCGCAACCUCAUCAACCCCGACCGGGAGCUCCUGGUGAAGCGCUUGCUGGAGCUGGAAUGCUUGCCGCAGUACGGCGGCGGGGAGGUGACGAUCAACGCCAAAGCCAAGAUCAUCGUGCCUUCCGGAUUGGUCGCGUAUGCCUGCACCCGCUGCCUCCGGAUCCUCCCCCACACCCACUUUGAUAACCACGCGCUGCUCCGUCUCCGGUUCCGAAAGCCGCCACCAGGGUCACGUGUGGCCGGCAAAAGCGGCGGCUGGGUGAGUAACAAUGCGAAAGCACGGGGGCUGCACCGCCAGGCCGAGCUCCGAGCCGACACGCUGGAGAACUGGAUGCGGCGGAUCAACCCGGCCACCCACAGCGCGGCCGAGUGGACGGCACUCUACCACAUAGGCAGCCAUCGUCGCCGCCGCUGGUGCAACGAGUGCAAGUUCGUCACGGGCAUGUGGGCGCGGGUGUCGUCCUACCGGAGCGGCUGGGAGAGAGGCUUCCGAACCUCGAACAUUGGUCCCGUCGACGUGCCCGUUAUCAAAGGGCGGCACCGGCGCUGCCACGACUCCACGGAGCGCUUUUUCUGGGACCUGUUCCCGCUAGCCGAGGACGCCGAGUGCCCGUGGCGCUUCCAGAUGCACCGCCGGGAAAACUGCAACUGGUGGACGCUGUGGUGGAUCCGCUGCCCGGGUUGCACCGUGUGGCAGGAGGUGGCAGCGUUCCGCCGCGGCCAGGGAAACACGGCGAGAGUCACGCCCUCCGACCCGGAAUUCUCCCUGGUGGAGGGAGAAGUGCAGUUCGAGCAUUGGCGCUGCAACCACUGUUACGUGGCGGAGCGGGGCGAGAAAGAACUGUGGUGGGAGCUGAUGAAAUCCUGGGAAGAGAAGGUCGACUACGAGGUGACUAUGUUCAGAAGUAACCUUGAGGAUACCUUCGGCGUCGUCGACUGUAUCAAAGACGUCACCAGGGGUCGUUACUCGUGGGCGAGCAUCGUGGCGAUGGACAACCUUUCGUCACCGCAGCCGUUGACGAGGGUUCCGACUGGCAGGGAACUACAAAAUGUCACCGAUGACUCUGUGAGGCGGCACUAUUACAUGAUUCUGAGGAGGUGGUAUCACACCUUGGAUAACCCGGGGGAAGCCUUGGGCCGCAUGCUGUACGAGAAUUUCUUCCGCUCGUGGAUCAAUGAAUACGAGGUGUUGGAGAAGAGGGUGAAGAACUUGCUACGCCGCACGCAGAUGCUCCAGCAAGACCGCAGCAUCCUCAUACGCUAUGCAUUGCACGGCGAGGGUCUCGACAAAAGGCAGGAGGAGGCACUUUGUUCCACCAUGGCUGAUUGUACGGACCUCCCGGACUUUCGUUAUAGCUUCUCGAAACUUUUCAUAGCUCAUCAAAGCCUCAAUUGUUGA